AUGUUGGUGGAACUAAGACUUGAACGAAACAAUCUUAUCGGAACCAUACCCAGACAAGUUAUGAGUCUCUCAUCAUUACUAUAUUUGAGCAUUUCUCGAAACAAUUUGACUGGUUCUCUUCCAAUGGAAAUUGGAAUUUUAAAAAAUCUCGAGAAACUAUCUGUUUCUGAGAACAAGUUAUCCGGUAAAAUUCCCAGCAGUCUUGGUAGUUGCAUGAAAUUGAGAAUACUAUACAUGGAGGGUAACAAGUUUUCUGGAACCCUUCCUUUCUCUUUAAGUAAAUUGAGAGGUCUGGAGGAAAUAGAUAUUUCUCACAACAAUUUCUCCGGACAAAUCCCCGACUAUUUUGAGGACUUUCGCUUCUUGCACAAAUUGAAUAUGUCAUUCAAUAAUUUUGAAGGAGUGGUACCACAAAGAGGCAUAUUUGGGAAUGCGACUGCAAUUUCUGUCAAGGGAAAUAAUAAGCUCUGUGGAGGUAUAGCAGAAUUGGAGCUACAAAGUUGCAACUCCAAAGGAUAUAGAAAGAAAAGAUAUUCUCUUACCAAAAAUCUAAUAAUCUCAAUAGGUUGUGGGGUUCUAGGACUAAGUCUGAUGUUGUGUUUCCUCUAUCACUAUUCAUUUAGAAAGAGGACAAAUGUGUCUUCUUUCAGAUUACUAGGGAACCCGUUUCUAAAACUGUCCUACCAAAUUCUACGUAAAGCUACUGAUGGGUUCUCGCCAGCCAACUUGAUUGGCGUGGGUGGCUUUGGUUCAGUGUAUAGAGGAAUUCUUGAUCAUGGAAGUAAAGUUGUUGCAAUUAAGGUACUACAUCUAGACUUUGCUGGAGCUUUGAAGAGUUUCACCGCGGAGUGUAAAGCCUUGAAGAACAUCAAACACCGAAAUCUUGUAAAAGUUCUCACGACAUGUUCAAGUAUUGACUAUGAAGGCAAUGAUUUCAAAGCUCUAGUAUAUGAGCUCAUGGUCAAUGGAAGCCUAGAGGAGUGGUUGCAUCCGAACGAGAAUGAACAUGUGGUGCGUAGUGAGUCAAGAAGUUUAAAUCUUCUUCAGAGGUUAAACAUUGCAAUUGAUAUCGCUUCUGCAUUGGAUUAUCUCCACCAUUAUAGCUCAGAGCCAAUAGUCCACUGUGAUUUAAAGCCAAACAAUGUUCUUUUGGAUGAAGAAAUGGUUGGACAUGUUGCUGAUUUUGGGCUAGCAAGAUUCUUACGAGAUUCUACUUGUAUUUCUUCUGUAAAUCAAUCAAGUUCCAUUGGCAUAAGGGGAUCUGUUGGUUAUGUGGCUCCAGAGUAUGGCAUGGGAAAUGAAGUGUCAACAUCCGGUGAUGUGUAUAGUUACGGAAUCCUCAUUCUAGAGAUGUUUACAGCCAAGAGACCUACUGAUAGUAUGUUUACUGAUGGUAUGACUAUCCACAACUUUGCUAAGAUAGCUCUACCUGAACAAGUAGAGAGCAUUGUUGAUCCAACACUGCUUCAACAAAGAGAACAGGGGCAGGCAAGCUCAAGCAUCAACAAUGGUUGGAGUCAAAGUUUUGCUAGAAGUCACAAGAUUCGAGAGAUCUUGAUUUCUCUACUUAAUGUUGGGAUUGCCUGCUCAAAAGAACGUGUUAGAAAUCGACCGGCGAUGAAUGAGGUUCUUACUCAGUUGCAUGCGUCCAAGACUCUUCUUGGAGAUGGAAAAUUGAUCAGACUUGAAGUGCGACCAUUACUAGAAAAUGUAUCCGAUGAUGUACAGAGUUAUUACAGAUACCUUUGGCAUAUACUAAAUAUGGCUCUCUUCGGAGUAACCAAAUUAGUGGCCACAGGACCUCUGUGUGAAUACCUGUCCAUAAGCUACUUGGAUAAUAAGUUCCUUUCCUUUCAGGCUAUGUGUUUUAUUGCAUUGCUGACUAAGUUUUUGUGUACUAAUCGUAGAAAGACAAAGCUUGGAUCGAUGAUGCAAAUUAAGGCUUGUUACGAUGACUUUGAAAGUGAACGAUGCGAAUUACAAAAUCUUUUGUGGAUUGCGAAGCUUUUUCAAACUUUUUCCAAUUACAUUCAGUUUAUGUUCAAAGUGAAACAACAUUCUGAGGUAAUCUCAACUCUGGUUGCUCACGAUGUGGAUAAUCGAGUGGAGGUAACACCUUUUGCUCGGCCUUGUGGGAUUCGAAGGAUAGUCUUUUCCGGUUCACUCCAGAUUGGAGCUUUGUGCUCAAAAAUUGCUCACGGCCAGCCAUGGUCGAAGCCUUGUAUAGCUGAUUGCAAGAGUUCACAGCCGUGGAUGGGGUGGUGGAGCUUCAGCUCGCUGAUUUCGCCAGAAUGGGUGCGCGCAGGCGUACUACAAUCUGGUGUGCGUAGGUCGUACCAUAAUUUGGGAAUCGGAGGACAACUUAUGGCUCCUCUCUGCCCAAUUCCUUGCAAAUCUGAGUUUGGCAUUCAAUUUGGUUUUGUCAUGAAAUCUGCAACUGGAUGCUAUAUUCAUGUUAAGCUAUUGGAUUACGCUAUUGGCAAUUGGUGCCGUAUUUCAAUUGCCCAAUUUUGGGGCUCAAUGCGAUAUGCUGUAGGUUGGAAUAUUAGUGUUGGAUUGUUUAUCUCAUCUCUGGAGUCUGUGGUUGUUGGUAGUUGGUUUAGUUUCCUGGAAAUCUUCGAAACAGACGUGUAUAGCACAUUCUACGAUGGAAUCAAAGAGGCCAAGUGGCUACGCCAGUUUCUGGAGGAUAUUCCAAGACGGCCGAAACCUGUGCCAGCAAUUAGUAUCCAUUGCGACAGUCAAUUUGCAAUUGGUAAGGCACAGACUAAUAUGUAUAAUGAUCCAGGAAGGGGGUUUCAUGGCCAAAAUGAACCCAAUAGUAAUGUCUCGCUUUACAUCUACGGCGAAAUAGUUCAAAGCGGAAUCGCAUACUGGUCUGCCAGUAAACCCGAUUGGACUUCUGGAGGGUCUCCCAAGGCAACCGGUCCAUGGUUCAGUGUAUCCGGACACAUCACAAUCAAUAGACGUAUUGAUGUGUGUGGCUAUAACUCUUGUAACCCCUCCACCUUGAUGGUAGUAUUAUUCCUCCCUUUGAUGACUGAUAUCAAUUUGGGGGUUUCGCAUAUUCAAUGGGUCCAUUCAAUUCCAACAUUUGUGAGGAUCUCUCCUUUGGCUAUAGAUUGGUGGAUCUCAAUUUGGGACACACACCAGCAAAUUCACAACAAUCCUAACAAGUUCUGA